GUCAGCGUCCAAAAAAUAAAUCGUAUCGUUCUUGAGUGGCGAGAAAUGUGAGUUACAGAGGAGGUGUGUCGAAGAGAGGGUUCAUAGAGACAGAAGGAAAGUAUCGAGCAAAGGGAUAAUUGAUCGAAGGAAUGUGAAGAUGGUGAUGAAUUCGGAAGAACGAUCAAAUACUCGAGCGAACAUUCAGGACAUUGGAAUAACGAUCAAGACGAUCGGGAUUUUAAAAUAACAGUCAAGAAAUCGGAAGAGGGUAUGAGAUUCGGAGAAACGAUCACGGAAAGAGGAGAAAGAUCGAGAAUUCAAAAGAAUGAUUUGGGAGGAAGGAUUGCAGAGAACACAAUCAGGAAGAAACUUAUAAGGGAAAGCCAAGAGGAUAGUGGAGGGUUUUCGGUUUGAGGUGGUAAGGAGUCCUCACAUGGUCGUGAGAGGUGAUUACCGCAUGAGAUGGGUGUUUUUGAAGACUGUAAUUUGGUUUGCUCUCGGACUAGAAGAAGCGAACGAAAUCCAAGAGUGUCAUAAUCGUGAGAGUUGGCUGCACGAGCUCGUAGUCUUUGUGCUCGGGAAGGAGAGUUCAGAGAAGAUAAGUUCGUCGAAGGUGAAGAAUCAAAUCUAAGAGAGAGCUCACAUGUAGGACUAGAGUGCCUAUGACGAAACUUACAAAUGACAGACAGUAAAAUUGUGAAGUAAUCAUGUAAAAAACUCCAUGAUGGUAGAGGAG